CUAUCAUCACCGCUGUAAAGAAAUGAUAGAUGCUAGCACAGCUGUGGAGGGGCAGCACUGCUAGCUGCUGCCACAGUGCGAGUCGUAGCAGCAGUACAGUCCUGUGGAGCUCGGCGUUAUCGCGAGACUGGACCACUAACAACCUGCUCGACACAAGCGCAGUGCUGCUGCUGCUGCUGCUGCUGCUGCUAUGAGUGCUGCUCGCUCGGCGGGGUCGAACCGAGCUGAAGAAACAGAAACGAGACGCCAACAUCUGGACACACACCAUGAAAUGACGACGGGACGUCCGAUGAGACACCGAGAGCCGCUAUUCCUGUUAUGAGAGAAGAAUGGAGUUCCCAGACCAUAGCCGCCAGUUGCUGCAGUGUCUGAGUCAGCAGCGUCACCAAGGUUUCCUCUGUGACUGCACUGUUCUUGUCGGCGAGGCGCGAUUCAAAGCGCACAGAGCCGUGCUGGCCUCUUGCAGCAUGUACUUCCACCUCUUCUACAGGGACCAGCUAGACAAAAGGGACGUUGUGCAUCUGAACAGUGACAUUGUGACAGCCCCGGCUUUCGGCCUGCUCCUUGAAUUUAUGUAUGAGGGGAAGCUGGAAUUCAGCACCCUGCCUGUGGAGGACGUGCUGGCCGCUGCCAGCUACCUCCACAUGUACGACAUCGUUAAGGUGUGCAAAGGCCGGCUCAAAGACAAGGAGCUGUGCUCCCUGGAUGAGAAGCUUGUUGGCGGAAUGGGCCUGAGCUGCCUGGACAGAGAGAGCUCGUCUGACGGGGAACUGCAGCCCAGCAAAGUGCAGCAGAUCCCCCAGAGGGCCCCCCCAGCAGAUGACAUGGACACCAGCGACGGCGGCCUGGCUGUCACAGAUUGUGAUGGGCCUGCGUUGGCAAGGCAGAAGGCAAACGGUCACCCCGCCGGGUCCCCGGACCUUGUAGGUGUCAAUUAUGUGUCAGCCCAGGCCGAGCCCCGCAUCCAAACAGCUGGAAAAACAAAAGCUGGUGUCAGCGGUCCGGCCGGCACGCCGUCCCAGAGGUCCCGGGCGGCGGACGACACGGACUGCGCUCUGGACUUGUCUUUCAAGCCGGCGUCGGGCCGAGACGGCACGGGACAGCUGGCCCUCGACAGCCAGCAGCAGGGCACGGAGCCGCUUGUUCGCAACGAACACGACGCGCUGUCAGAGCGAGAGGACAGAGCAGGAGGCCCCGAGAGCCGGCGCUUUGGGAAUUUAGUGACAGGGUUCACCGCCCUCUUCCCUGGCAACGGCGGCCCAGCCUUGGAGGAGCACCUGAUGAUGCAGGAGGAGGAGGAGGAGGAGAUGGGGGAGGAGGAGGAACAGGAAGAGAGGAUGGGAGGUGGAAGGGUGGGGGCUUUGGUGGUUGGUGUUGGGGUGGGAGUUGGUGUGGGAGGGUGUGUCCGUAGCCACGGCCGAGAGGAGAGCGAGGAGAGUCGAGGAGAGCCCAGACGAGGAGGAGGGAGGCUUCUGGGCGACAGCGAGGAUGAUGACGAAGAUGAGCUGGCCUCUUCUGACAUCUCCACGUCCAGUGGGGCACUCCUUCCAGUCGGCGGCCCACCAGUUUGCGUUUGCCCAUUGUGCAGUAAGGCCUUCCCCAGCCCACACACGCUGCAACUGCACCUCAGCUCACACUUCCGUGACAGGGACUCUCACUCGCGCUCCAAGCUGUCGCCCGACGGCUCGGCGCCCACCUGUUCUCAGUGUGGAAAGACCUUUUCCUGUAUGUAUACGCUAAAGAGGCACGAGCGCACACACACAGGCGAGAAGCCCUACACAUGUGGCCAGUGUGGAAAGAGCUUCCAGUACUCACACAACCUGAGCCGGCAUGCCGUAGUGCAUACGCGCGAGAAACCGCACGCCUGCAAGUGGUGCGAGCGCCGCUUCACACAGUCCGGCGACCUCUAUCGCCACAUCCGCAAGUUCCACUGCGCCCUCGUAAAGACGCUUGCUAUCGGAUAAGAGCCGCUGUGCCUCUCUGUGCUGCCUUUGUACUCCCAUUACCAAGUAGAGCUGCAUAUGAAGUAUUUAAAAUCAAAUCAGAUUUACACAAAUUUCCCAUUACCCCAAAUGUCAACGUAUCAGUCAAUGUAUUUGGCAUAGGUGACAAGUAACAGAAUGCCAAAAACAUAACUUGCCUCAACCCUCAUCAUAUACUUGUAUAAGUAGUCUAUGGUAAUCUUAACUAGACCUUGAGUCAUCUUGAAGCCUUUGGCUGCAAUUAUGCCCCUUUUAUAGAUAAUAUAAUGUUAUACAGUGUCAAAAACACAGAGAAGUCUGUUUGAGAACUUGACAUGAUUUAAUGCAAGUGUAUGAUGAUUUUAGGCAGUUUGCAUGAUGCUACUUGUUGUACAUAUGUUUCCAUGAUUUCUUAGCUUGUUAGGUUCAGUGCAGAACUAAAUAAGAUUAAUGUCUGGCACCAGUUAUCUUAGCUUGAUCGAUUACGUUUGGGGUAAUAGGAGACUGUAAAUGAAAUUUUCUUUCAGAUCUAUCACUUUAAGCCUAGAGGGGCAUCUUUUUCUAAAGCCCAAGCCACAGUGGAAUUUUGUGAAUAUGCACAUGACUGGGCACAGAUGUGUUAUUGUCUGUAAUAAUAUCCAGUAUUUUGCUGUGUCUUGACGCAGAGCUAAGCAUUGUGUGAAGCACUAGGGUCACCUAAUGGUCCGUCUACUCAUUGAAGAUUGUGAAGUGAAGGCAUUUGAUGCACUUGGUCAGUCAUUGGCAGCAGUCUUCUAAAGUCAAUGUUAAAUACCUGAGUUUUGUAAUAUAGGCUAUGGCCUCAACAAUAGUUUUGAAAUGAUUGCUUCUUACUGAAGGAUUUAAAUGAGAACUUUUAGCUGGUAUCCAACAUACUUCAGUUACAAAAAGAUUAACAGAGAACACAAGUUUGUAAUUUAGCCUUUUUAAAAUCCCAUAAUUUUCUCUCUAAUCAGUGCCCUGUUUGUAGAAGAGAGGUUGGUAAUUAUUUGGUCAUGUUUUUUUCUUCUUCAGCUCUUGAGAAUCAGGGUCAUAUGUCCUCUGGUCAUCAAAGUCUGUCAUCAAAAGAAAACAGCAUGUGUAGGAACAAAAGAAAUGCACAGAUAAUCUGUAUCAUGAACACUUAAAGCUAAUAUCCACUAGUUCUGUAAUAACUAAUGCAGAAAUUGUUUCUUUUUUUGGGUAACUUGGAUGACACUGUGGUUUUGGUGGCCCUACAAUGUACUUGUACUUUGAAAUACUAAUUUAAUGGCUAUUGGUAAGACCCCUUAAACAGACAGAGCAGGGACAGGCUUGGGAAUGGAAGUAUCCUCAUUGGGUGGGAUACUACAGAUCUCAACUCCCAGUGGGCCUUUAUUAGGAACAUGCAUUUUUUUCUAGUUAGUUUUUUUUCUAGACACUAACGUUCCAGCAUGCAUUUUGGUUAAACGGCAGAAUGUUGGAGCAGUUUGACUAAUUUUUUUUUGCCCUCACCUUUAGUUUUUCUUCAGUUCUUAAUGUUUUCAGUUGCUUGUUUUGGUUUAAGCUCACGUGACACGUGUGGUUGUUUAGUUGUGAUGGCAAGUAGCACUAAAAGUCCAUGUACUACUAUAUUUUUCAUUUUUCCUGAGAAAACUUGAUUAGAAUUAUUUAUUAGUUCUGUUGGUUCAGGGUUUACUAGUCUUGACAUCUGAAGUAUAGAUAACUCUAUUGGGUCCUAAUAUCUUGUUUAACGGUACUUUUUCAGUUUUACUGGGACAAUUGAUUGUAAAAUCAGUUGCUGUAUAUCGGUUUAUCGUUUCAUUGUAUCUUGUGUAGAUAAGCCAUCUUAAUCACAGUUUGUCAAGAUUUGACUUCAGAAAUGCUAAGAAGCACUUGCUCUGUGCAUACAUAGACUGUAGAUACGACACUGAUAUGCUGUAGGCUGCUAUUUCUAACUGUAUAUUUAUUGUAAAUAUGUAUUUUAUUUAUCUGUUUGUUUUUUUUUCUUUCUCUUUGUUUGAGUCAAGAAUGUCUAAAAUCUCUUGUAAAAGCUGCAGUUCUCCAUGUCAACUUUCAGAGUUGAAGUCUUCCCUGGGUUUAACUGAGAUCGGUCAGUUUUAAAGCCAGCUCUGCUCCAGAACAGCACAAAAGAGCAUCGUAACAGCUCUCGCCUCUGAGCACAAGACGUAGCAGACCCUAAGCACAACCUCAUCAACUGCUGAACGCCUGCGCAAGUCCUCCAUUAAAAAGUUUCCUUACUCCCAGGUAUUCCUCAAAGGAAGCUAAGCAUCAUAUCCCACCCUAAGCUACUAAGGGGUUCGAAACCCCUUACAUUUCUCUCACCAUUCACAUAAUGUGCGAUACGUUUCCUGCAAAACGUACAAAAUGAAGAGGAAAUUCGGAGACUGCUAAGAGAAGCAUAGAGUUUGUGUCAAAGGACAGAUGCUUAUGGUUUAUUACUCCACUCUCAGUGACUGGACUACUCUCUCAAACCAUUUCAUGUUUGUUGCACAUUUGUUGGACAACUGUCAGAAAAGGAAGCAUAUUUGAAUUUAUUUAAAUUAUUCAAGCUCUGUAUGUUUAAGAAUCUUUUGUAAAAUGCUCAAUGGAACACUGGAACUUGUAGGUUGCACCAACAGAUAUUUGCCAUUAUGCGAACAAUGCUUCUUUCUGAAUUUAAUAAUUCCAGAAUGUUAGAAUUUUGUUUUCUCCAAGUAGGAUUGGAAUGUAGCUAUUUUUAUUUCCCUUAAGCCUGGAUGCUCUUUUGAUGCAGCUAUUACUAAAAGAUUGUAGGUGCUCUCUUUAAAAUGUACAUUUAACUGUUGAUGGGGAGACUCCGAAUACACUGGAGAUUCAUUAGUUGCUGAAGUCGUAUGUAUUUACUGGAUUGCUCUACACAGUAUGUGCCUUGUUGACACAACAAUUAAUCCAACAACAAAUUAAAUAUUGGGCAUUAUUACAGGCCUAGAAAAAUGGUCAUUUUACACAAGUUCUGUUUUAGGUGUCUUUAACGACAAAAAGGUACAGCUGGUAACAUUGGCAGCAGUUAGUUUUUCUGUUGAAUUACUUAAAGGCACAUCAAAUAUGUUUUUCCAUGAUUUUUUUUUAUUGUACAUCGUUGCUGUUGUGACAAAACCUUGUGUCUCCAAAAUAGAAUCACUGUAAAAAAAAAAAAAGGUUGCAGUACUUAACUCGCAGCAGAAUUGCCAGCAAAAUCCUGCAUAUUCAUGGUAAAUUAAUUACAGUAUUUUACUGUACAUUACAUUUACAACUAUUUACCAUAAAAAUACAGUGCUUUACUGUCAAUCCUGCCCAGUCUUUUACAGUAGGUUUCUGUAAAAUAACAAACCAUUACUUUAAUGUAAAAUACUGUAAAUUUGCAGCAGUUUUUUAUAGUGCAAUCAUAAUUUUGAAUGGAAGUUAAUGGAAUCGUAUUCUUGACUAUUUCUAUGGGUCCAUUUUGAAAUUUUCAAAUUCUGUAAAAACUUUAAAACAACAUGGAGAUAGAGGUUUUGUUGUUGACAGCAAUGACAUGGUAGUAGGACUGGGAUGGUACAUGGAGAUGAGAAACGAAGGCUUGUCUGGGCAGUCACUGAACGAACAUUUUCUUUUCUGUAGUGGUCAAAACAACAGUUGAGGCCAGGUUUUGAUGCGAUGUAACCAACAGUGAAGCAGAAACAUUUGUCAAUCCCGUGCGACCAGCAGAAAGCCAGUAAAUGUCGAGAAGUACAACGACACUAAUCCUUUAUUAUGAGCAUGCUUCCAUAACAUACUCAAAAAAAAUCAAGCCAUGGCUUGAAGGAACGAGUGUGGGUGUUUUUUUCUUUCCUCAGUACAACUCAGCAAAACUGUCAAAACACAUGUAAACUUUAAUACUGGAAUAUUGUCUUCUAAGGUUCAGACUGUGAAAUUGUAUAAUCAUAAGAAAUAUUUAUUGAUUUCUUUCUUGUGCAAAGAUUUUACUGUAUCUCCGAAUUUGACUUGAGUAAUGAAAGAUGCUACUAAAUGGAGAACGUUUUUAAUAGACUUUGUAGAAGUGCCAUUAGAUUUAAUAUAAUUUUUUGAUAAGAAACAUAUAUUUUAUAGGAAAGAAAUGCUUCAAUAUUAGUGCUUUAGUGAAUGUAGGUGACAAUCUGUUUGAUUUGAAACACUGGUUGGAUUUGUUUUGGGGGCAGUUUUAUUUUCUUGAUCUGGAACUUGUGUGGUUUUUAUUUGCCGCUUUUGACGUGUACUCGUGUGUGUGCUGUGAAAAAGUGACAAUCUUGAGCUAGAAUUUUAUUUCGAUUAUGUAUAGAUUAAAUAGAACAUUUUAUGUGAAAA